AGCAGCGUGAGGAGGAGGAUAAUAAAAAUCUACUAGCUGUUGUAGCAGUUGUUUACUGGAAACGAUCUGAUAGGCGAGUCUGAAGUGCUGAAAGCCUGAGAGGCAGAGCUCUUUGUGUCUGACAGAGGCCUUGGCACAGGCAGCAGGCUGAGGCAGAUAAUCGAGCGGCCCUGAGUCAGUUUACUGUCUGAAGUUCCACAGCCGCUGCUUCAAAGCUUCUUCCCGUAGUUUGGGUGCCAUGAGUUCCGAUAACAGCGACGGAAAUCUGUCCGUGCCUUUACGGAAUGUGCUGAACUCCAUUCAGUGUAUCAGAGACCGAGUCAGAGAUGGAGAAUCAAAUGAAUCACAGGGAACAUUCAACCUCUCAAACUUCUGGGACACUUUGAACCAGGCGGUGAAGGCAGUCUCUCAGGAAGCCACUAAACUCAGCCUGGCUUUCUCCAGACCCCCUCUGCCAUCUGUACAGGAUGGAGAAAAGCUGUCAGAGUCCAUCUUGAAGGGUGUCCUGACUCUGUCCACAGUGUAUUACUGGCUGCCAAAGAGUCAAGGGGUGACUCUGCGCCGACAGGUCAGAGACGCCACGGUCGAGGUCCUGGAGGGGGUCAUCCAACUGCUGGAGGUCAUACUGAGUUCACCCCGGCAGAGUCUGACCCAGGAGCAGCUCACAUCAACCGGAGGAGUGUGGUCCGCCUGCGACCGGUUCGUCCAGCUACCACAAGAUAAUAAGGCAGCUCUGCUGGUGGUUCUGACAGCUCAGAUCGGAGUUGUAAAAGACGCUAUAGAAGAAAUUAAUCAGGCCGUAUCUGAGGCCCAGGACCCUUUCAGCGACGUCCUCGAUGACGACCAGGAUGAAGACAACCCUCGAGGCAACCGGGACACCUACUGGUCGGAGAGGGACCGGCGCGUGAUUGAUCCGUGUCACGGCUUGAUGAAAGCAGCCGCGGCGUGUCUGAGGAAACUCGCGUCGGCCGUCAGAGCCAACGGUGACGUGGGCGCGCCUCAGAGCGUGGCCCAGCUCGACGACCUGGCAGACGUCAGCGUGGAGAUCAGCCCCGGCGUUGAUGAUCUGGCCCUCUGUCUCUACCCUCCCAUGGAUUACAGCGGUGUAGAAAACAAC